AAGAAUUUUCCUUUCGAGGAGGCCUGCCCUCGACAUGCUCACUUUCUGAGAGAUAAACUGCCUGUACACAGUGCCUUAUAAUUUGCUUUUCCAUUCCUUACCGCUUGCAAUCUUUAUUAUUCUCUUUUUAUACCCAAGGUAAGGAGGGGGAGGUUGUGAUUUAAUUCAGCUCACCCAGUAGACUCAGACUGCUGGAGAGACCUCCCCCAACCCCUCACCCUUUCUGGUCCGGAAAGGUAGAACUUACCUACCGCUGCGUCUUCCAAAAUUAAUAUAUUUAACAGUGAAGAGGAAUUGCGAAGUUUGGGAAAUGCAGGAACUGAGGCUUGAGAAUGGGAAAGAUGAGGCUGGUUUGGAGAACCGAGGUUUUCAGGUCAGGGUCAGAUCAUUUGUGAAAUCAUUGAGGAAUGUUUCGAAACUGUCCUCUAGGCUAGGCCAGUUAAUUUACUUGAAUUGACGUUUGCUACCACUACAGAGGCCGGGGGCUACCAAGAAGUAAAAGCCAAUCCCUGCCCUGCAAAAGUUUGUUUGGUUUAAUUUGUAUUUGCAAAUCCUCCAGUCAUCAAAUGAGUUAGUACUGUGCUAGGCGAAUAAAGCGCAUGUGCAGCCCAGCCCUGGUGAGGCUUACAGACUGGUUGGGGAGACAGACAUGAGAAUGGGCAAAUAGACGUGUAAAUAAAUAAGGAAGGGUGUCUACACGGAACUAAAGGACUACAAAAGAAGUGCCCAGACAAGCAUAUCACAGUGAACCAGAAGCCCCCAGUAGACAAAGAGAUGAUCUGUUGAGAAGACUAUUUAUUCUUCCUCUUGAGUGAUCUUUUGGCCGCACUUGGCACUGUCACGUCUCCUUCAUUCUGAAGUUCUCUCCAUGCUUUGAGUUUUCCCUCCUCCAUCUCUUGCUGCUUUCCUUCUGUUUUGCAGGGGUCGCAUCAUCUACCCCUUUGGUGACCCUGGGAGUUCCAUCACGAGCCCCUUCUCACUCCACACAUUCUGCCUUGCUGGUUGCACCCUCUCCCAAGGCCUGAAAAACUCACUAUAUGUGAUGACCAGAUCUCUGCAGCCCAGAUUUCUCUCUGAGGCUUAGACCCAGGUGCCCCCAACCCUGCCCCUUCUCUCCUUUCGGGGUCUUUGCUCACGCUACUUACUCUGGUUAAAUGCUCCCGCCCUCAACCAGCUCAGCUCAUCUGUCUGGCCCAUCUUCCUCUGCCCUCAAAACUGCAGCAGGCUCCAGGUCCCAGUUUAGCUGUCUCUCCCAUAUGCCCCUCAUCUUAACUCUUCUCACCCCACAGUAAUGAUCUGCUUCUUGGCCUCUCUCUCAUCCAGGAACUUGUAAACUCCUUGAGGUCAGAGACUGUCUUUCUGUCACACUUGUGCCUGCUUCCUACCAUGGUGUCUGAUGGUACCUAGCAUGUAUUAGAUUUUCAAUAAAGAUUAAAUGAGUGAAUAGAUGAAGGAGUGCUUAACAGUGUUCAGUGUUGCUGAGAAGUCAACCUGAGGUAAGCACCAAAAACUAUUGGCAUUAGGUACAAGGGGGUCAUCUGUUAACUCUGCAGGAUCAGUUUCAGCUGAGAGCGAUGAUACAGAAACAGACUGGAACAAGCGGGAGGUGAAAGUAGGAAGAGCAAGGCCUGGAAAAGGUGGAAAACGGGGGGCGAUUGAGUGGAGUGGGGUGAAGUUUUGUGUUUCUGCUUUUUCUAUAUGGUGGGAAAUUCCUGAGCGCAUCUAAAGUUUCACGGGACAGAGCUGUCAAGAGGGAGAGUGGAGGAUGCAGAAGACGGGAGCACUGAUGACGUGAGGUCUUAGAGGAAGCAGAGGGAGAUAGGAUUUGAGCACGAGCCCAGAUGCCCGUCCAGCCUCCAAGCAAAGACACAGAGGAGAUGGAAGCAGAGGGCGACUCAGCCGCCGAGAUGAAUGGGGAGGAGGAAGAGAGCGAGGAGGAACGGAGCGGCAGCCAGACCGAGUCCGAGGAGGAGAGCUCAGAGAUGGACGAUGAGGGCUACGAGCGCCGCCGCAGUGAGUGCGUCAGUGAAAUGCUGGACCUGGAGAAGCAGUUCUCGGAGCUGAAGGAGAAGUUGUUCAGGGAACGGCUGAGUCAGCUGCGGGUGCGGCUGGAGGAGGUGGGAGCUGAGAGGGCGCCCGAAUACACAGAGCCUCUCGGGGGGCUGCAGCGGAGCCUCAAGAUCCGCAUUCAGGUGGCAGGGAUUUACAAGGGCUUCUGUCUGGACGUGAUCAGGAACAAGUACGAGUGUGAGCUGCAGGGAGCCAAGCAGCACCUGGAGAGUGAGAAGCUGCUGCUCUACGACACCCUGCAGGGGGAGCUGCAGGAGCGGAUCCAGAGGCUGGAGGAGGACCGCCAGAGCCUGGACAUCAGCUCUGCACCGCCUCUUCUGAGUGUUGGAGCUCCCGGGCCAAGGCCCGUCACCUGCCCCCUCCACCAGGCUUCCUGCUUCCUUGACCCCCAUUGCAGGCCCUUACAUCGUGUAUAUGCUGCAGGAGAUCGACAUCCUGGAGGACUGGACAGCCAUCAAAAAGGCAAGAGCAGCCGUGUCCCCUCAGAAGAGAAAAUCAGAUGGACCUUGACCCUGCUGUUCACAGCCAGGGGGCCCUUGGAGCAGCUGGCAGCAAACCCAGCAUUUGAACUUACCUGCUGCAGAAAGGCAGACUGACAGGCCCCUCAGCGUCUGCCCAGCCAGUCCUGCAGUGCUGCUGUGGCCCUCCCCUCCAGCCGCCACUGGUCUGGACUCCUCUGCCCCUCCUCGGGGCCCUGUUCAACUGUGGCCUGGAGCUGCCUUAGCCAGGCAACACUGUCUCCUCCAUCCCCGGCCAGCCCACCACCUGCCCCCACUGAAGGUCAGCCUUCGCGGUGCCCUCCCUGAUGAAGAUGUGUCUCAUCUUAAGCCAAAGCAACAUCCUUUCUGCUGACCUUGGACCCGGCUCCCUAGUCACCGAGCCAGUGAGCUGGGUCCCACUUCACGGGAACUCUGGGCCAGAAAUGAUAUUUGGGGGACCUUUGUGUCCUGGCUGUUGUUGGAGGUGAGAAGGCAGGCUCCCCAGGUCUUCCUGCUCAAGGCGGUUCCUGGUGUCCGCCUCCCAGAUUUCAGGGACUGGAAUUAAAACCUUUUCUGGGA